AUGUAUUAUUUUUCUCUUCUGGCUGCAGCUACAUUUACAGUUAUUUCCGCGCAAACAUGUGAAAGCCCUCAUUUUUAUCUCAACCAGAGACAAGUCGGAAUUGAUAAAAACCAGGCAAGAGCAAACGCCGUCAAGGAAGCGUUUUUACACGCAUGGGAUGGAUACUACCGAUAUGCUGCGCCAAACGAUGAGCUGCAUCCAGUCACCAAUAGUUUCAGCAAUUCACGGAACGGAUGGGCUGCUAGUGCCGUAGACGCUUUGAGUACUGCAAUUCUAAUGAAAGAAUCGAAAGUAGUCAAUUAA